GUCAUUUACUGGACAGGCUCUACAACAGACUGUCAAGUUGCCUUGAACGUGCCCCUCUGGACCUAGAUUACCUAGAGUUUGUAUGUUCAUAGGAGCUGGUAGUACUCAGCGCACUAUCAAGCCAGCUUGAGAUCCGUCAAGCAAUCUACAAUGCUAUUACUGAGGUGCAUCGCUCAGUGGAUUAAAUGAUGAUGAACUUGACAUUCUGGUAUCAGCCAUCCACUCCAGCAACCCAAAUGCUGGGUACCGAAUGAUGUUGGGUCUUCUGCAAGCACAGGGACAUCGAGUACAGUGGCAGAGGAUUCGUGCAUCAAUGCACAGAGUUGACACUGUAGGGAUUGUGUCAAGAAUGUCACAGUUGCGGUGUGUGGUUUGCAGGACAUACUCUGUCCUAGGUCCCAAGUCGCUGAUGCAUAUUGACACAAACCACAAACUUAUAAGGUACAAUGUGGUGAUAUUCGGAGGAAUUGAUGGCUUCUCAAGGAAGAUAAUGUAUCUCAGUGUUGCCAAUAACAAGGCCUCCACUACCCUUGCCUUCUUCAGUGAAGCUGUUGAGAAGCAUGGCUUACCACAAAGGGUUUGGGGAGACCAUGGGGUGGAAAAUGUUGAUGUGGCCCACCUUAUGUUCUCCAUCCGAGGAACUGAGAGGAACAGCUUCAUUGCAGGGAAAAGUGUGCAUAAUCAGAGAAUCGAACGUCUCUGGCGAGAUGUCUUCAGAGCGGUCACUUGCCUCUUCUACAAUGUACUGCACCAGCUGGUGGAAGAUGGUCUCCUUGACCUGUCCAGUAGUCUUCACCUCUUCUGCUGCCAUUACGUCUUUAUUCCCCGCUUGCAAGCCCAGCUUGAUGGCUGGGACAAUCAUCCCCUUUCAACUGAGAGAAAUCUCACUCCCAACCAACUGUGGCACAUGGGACAACUACACAACUCUGAAGAGUACAAUGACGAGGAUUUGCGCAUCCCUCUCAUUGACUGGGAGAGUAGUGGCCUUACACCCUCUGAUCCCAACUGUGGUGUAUAUUUUCCUGAGUGCGAUUGCCCACUGAGACCUGGCUGGACUUCGUGCUGCCGUGGACCCAAUGGGACCCUCAACAUGCAUGGGAGUUGACAGAUACUUUGCUGCACUAGAGUAUAUGCACAGCAUUGGCUAUGUGUAGGCUUAUCUCUAUGAACUGCUUCUCAUAUCCCACAGAAAAAAAAACAACCCUAUACAAAUGUUGUGUUAGCUUGAUGGGUGAGUUCACGAGCAAGGACUAAAGACUUUGAAGGAAACUUAUUACUGCAGUGUGAUUGAAUUUUGUGUGAUAGCUGAAAAUAAAACAUUUUGUUAUUCCCA